AUGAACCUUCUUAUUUUCGGGGACCAGACAUCCGACCAGUAUGCACUACUUCGAAAGGCGUGCACGCUGAGGAGCAAUUCCUCGCUCACGACAUUCUUGGAUCGAAUCAGUGUUGUUAUUCGGGAAGAAGUGCAGAAACUUCCACGAACGCAACGAGAUCAGAUUCCUGACUUUCUGACAACAUGGGAUCUUGUCGAAGCAUACUUUGCUCAAGGUGUGAAGGUGCCUCAGCUGGAAAGCUGUAUGGUGACAAUUGCUCAAUUGGCGCAUUUUAUUGGAUACUAUGGAGAAAACCCCACAGAACUACCAAGUCCCGCAAACACUCGCGUGGUUGGUCUCUGUACUGGUCUGCUUGCAGCCUCAGUGGUCGCAUCGGCGCGAUCGCUAAGUGAGCUGUUACCGCUUUCGACCGAGGCUGUUCGCAUCGCAUUCCGGGUUGGCUGCAUGACAGGGGCUGCGAGAGACGCGCUCGAGCGAGCACCGAACUCCAAGCAAAGCUGGUCGACCGUGACUGGUGUUUCUGAGGAUGUUGCCAAGGACGCUCUCGCAUCGUUCCACGAACAACGGCGGAUACCACCCGCAGCGCAGGCGUAUAUUAGCGCCGUUAGCACCAUGGCCAUAACCAUCAGCGGUCCACCAUCCACCACCCAACGAUUAUUUGACGAGGUCGAAGCGUUCAAAUCCAACUCCCGACUACCACUUCCUGUCUAUGCGCCAUAUCACGCACCGCAGAUCUAUGCCCAGGCCGACAUCGAGCGCAUACUAGACAAAGACGCUAUCAGGCAUUUGCAGCAGUUUCGUCCUCUUGCCUUGGUGCACUCCGCUACCACAGGCAAAUGCAUAGUCUCGACCAACACCCUCGAAUUAGUCAGGACUGCCUUGGGCGAGAUCUUGCUCGAGCAGGUGCGAUGGGACAAUCUUCUUGGCGAGAUUGUGAACCAGGUGACUGCAGCCAGCAGUGCCGAGUGCACGAUCACAGCGAUUGGCAUCACGGCCAUUGCGAACAGUAUGGCUGCAGCGCUGAAACAUGGUGGCCAGAAGUCUGUCACGGUCCGCGACCAUAAUUCCUGGACUGCGACGACCGACAGGAGCCGUGGCCGUACCCAAAACGACAAGAUCGCCAUCGUUGGCAUGUCUGGUCGCUUCCCUGGUGCUGCCAGUCCCGAACAGCUUUGGGAUCUGCUCGCACAAGGCUUGGAUGUGCAUCGAGAGGUGCCCGCCGAUCGGUUUGAUGCUCAGGCCCAUUGUGAUCCCUCCGGCAAGGGCAAGAACAAGAGUCACACUCCCUAUGGUUGCUUCAUCGAGGAGCCAGGUCUGUUCGAUCCCCGCUUCUUCAACAUGUCGCCUCGUGAGGCUGCACAGACUGAUCCUAUGGGUCGUCUUGCCCUCACUACGGCGUACGAAGCUCUUGAAAUGUCCGGUUACGUCCCUAAUCGUACACCAUCUACGAAAUUACAGCGUAUUGGUACAUUCUAUGGUCAAACAUCUGACGACUGGCGGGAGAUCAAUGCUGCCGAAAACAUCGACACGUACUUCAUCACUGGUGGUGUGAGAGCGUUUGCGCCGGGGCGCAUCAAUUAUUAUUUCAAGUUCUCCGGCCCAUCCUUCAGCAUUGAUACUGCCUGCUCGUCUUCUCUUGCUGCCAUUCAACUUGCCUGUACAUCGCUGUGGGCAGGAGAUUGCGACACCGCUUGCGCUGGUGGCCUCAAUGUCUUGACCAAUCCCGAUAUUUUCUCAGGGCUCAGCAAAGGCCAGUUUCUUUCAAAGACGGGUGGAUGUAAGACAUAUGACAAUGACGCCGACGGUUACUGCCGUGGUGACGGAUGCGGCUCAGUCGUUCUGAAGCGCUACGAAGACGCCAUCGCGGACAAGGACAACAUCCUUGGCUGUAUCUUGGGUGCCGCAACCAAUCACAGCGCUGAGGCAGUCUCCAUUACGCACCCCCACGCUGGUGCACAGGAAUUCCUCUACAACAGAGUCCUAUCCAAUGCUGGUGUUGAUGCGCACGAUAUCAGCUAUGUGGAGAUGCACGGUACAGGCACCCAGGCCGGGGAUGGUAUUGAGAUGACCUCGGUCACCAACGCCUUUGCCCCGCGUCAUCGCCAGCGUCGUCCCGAUCAGCCACUUCACCUGGGAGCUAUCAAAGCCAACAUUGGACAUGGCGAAGCUGCCUCUGGUAUUAACUCUCUCGUCAAAAUCCUCAUGAUGAUGAAGAAGAACGCGAUCCCUGCCAAUGUUGGUAUCAAAGGUGUUAUGAAUAAGACCUUUCCCAAAGACUUGUCAGAACGCAAUGUUCAUAUCGAGACAAAGAUGGUCCCAUGGCCUCGCAAAGGUGCAGAGAAGCGUAAGCUCUUCUUGAACAACUUCUCCGCAGCCGGUGGGAACACAGCUGUCAUAUUGGAGGAUGGGCCUCUUCGUGAGGAACCCAAGGGUGUCGAUCCCCGAAGCAUGCACAUUGUCACUGUGAGCGCUAGAUCUAUUGCUUCGCUCAAGAAGAACAUCGAUAACCUGGUGCAAUUUCUUGAUGAGAACUCGGAUAGCACACUUCCCAGUCUGGCAUAUACGACGACUGCGCGCCGAAUUCAGCACAAUUACCGCGUCGCCAUCUGUGUGUCGGAGAUGUCCAAGGUCAAGGAAGCUCUACAGGCUCAGUUGAAAGACAGCUACAGCCCGCUGCCCAUGGUGCCGACAAAAACUGCCUUCACAUUUACUGGUCAGGGCUCACAAUACACUGGGCUCGGCCAGAAGCUGUAUGAGCAAUUGGAGACAUUCAGGGCCGACAUUGAUGAGAUGGAAAAGCUUGCCCGUAUCCACUCACUUCCUUCUAUUUUGCCGCUACUUGCAGGUACUGAUGUUACUACUCUGUCACCCGUCGUCGUCCAGCUCGGCAUGGCCGCCAUACAGGUCGCUCUCGCGCGCAUGUGGGCCUCUUGGGGCGUCAAGCCAUCUGCUGUUAUUGGCCACAGCCUUGGCGAAUAUGCUGCAAUUCACGUCGCAGGCGUGAUUUCCGCGAGUGACAUGAUCCUCUUAGUCGGACGUCGUGCUCAACUUCUUGAACAAGAAUGCACGGCCAACACCCACGGUAUGCUCGCUGUCAAGGGCAGUGUGGAGGCCAUCAAGGCCGCUCUUGGAGACAAGAUGACUGAGGUCGCCUGCAUGAAUGGCCCAGAGGAGACUGUCCUGUGCGGUACGACUGCGGUCGUGGAGUCUACCAGCGAGGCUCUUGCUGCGAAGAACUUCAAGGCUACCAAGCUCGCCGUACCGUUCGCAUUCCAUUCCGCACAGGUUGAUCCGAUUUUGGAGAAAUUCAAAGCUGUCGCAGCUUCUGUCAUUUUCAACAAGCCUGAAGUACCGGUCAUGUCGCCGCUCACUGGCCAAAUCAUCCGUGAGGCUGGCAUUAUCGGUCCUGAUUACCUUGCCCGCCAUGCGCGUGAGACUGUUGACUUUUGGAGCGCCCUUACCACUGGCCAGGAGGAGAAGUUGUUCGAUGCAAAGACUGCUUGGGUUGAGAUUGGUGCACACCCAGUUUGCAGCGGAAUGGUUAAGUCUAGCCUUGGCGGAGCUCCCGUUACCGCUGGCAGUCUUCGUCGCAAUGAAGAUCCCUGGAAGACCCUCUCGAAUAGCAUCGCUACACUCUACCUAUCUGGUGUCUACUUCGACUUCAAUGAGUACCACAGGGUUUUCAACGACGCACAUGAAAUGUACACAUUGCCGACAUAUGCUUUCGACAACAAGCGAUACUGGCUCGACUACCACAACAACUGGACCCUCACCAAGGGUGAGCUUCACGAAACUGCUCCUGUUGUCUCGACUGUCGAAGUCCCGGUACAGGAGGCGCCCUCCAAGCUUUCCACUACGUCUUGUCACAGAAUCAUUCGCGAGGAGCUACAUGCAAAUUCCGGUACUAUUGUUGUACAGUCUGACCUGUCGGACCCUAAAUUGAAGGCCACGAUUACCGGUCAUCAAGUCAAUGGCACUCCCCUUACACCUUCAUCUCUGUACGCUGAUCAGGCUAUGACUGUUGCCGAUUACCUGUAUCAGCAAUUGCGCCCUGGCAUGCCUACUCCAGGUCUCAACGUCUGCUCUAUGGAGGUCACCAAGACUCUGAUUCCUCAAUACCCGCCUCCUGCCGGCGGUCAACACUUGCAAAUCGAAGGUACAGCAGACUUGGAACUCGACCAAGUCAGCAUCAAGUUCCGCACUGUUACUGCGGAUGGAUCCAAGGUUCUCGUGGAGCAUGCAGUCGGUGUUGUGAAGUAUGAGGAUGUCAAUGCUUGGAAGACGGAGUGGAGUCGCAUCCAAUACAUGGUCCAGGCUCAAAUUGAUACCCUCAAGCAAAAGCUUGAGACUGGUGCUGCCCACAAAGUACUUCGUGGCAUGGCGUACAAGCUCUUCAAGGCACUUGUGUCAUACGCGGAUAAUUACCGCGGUAUGGAGGAGGUCAUUCUUGAUGGCAAGCAGACGGAAGCCACAGCUUCGGUUCAGUUCCAGACCACGGCUGCAGAUGGAGAAUUCCUCUGUUCUCCAUACUGGAUCGACAGUCUUGCCCACCUUUCGGGAUUCAUUGUUAAUGCUUCCGAUCAUCUUGACUCUGAGAACUCGGUUUACAUCUCCCACGGAUGGGGCUCGAUCAAGAUUGCGGAAAAACUCUCUAGUGAGAAGAAGUACCGCUCAUAUGUGCGCAUGCAGCCUGCUCCCGGUAAUAUCAGUGUUGGCGAUGUUUACAUUAUGGACGGCGACCGCAUCAUUGGUAUGGUCAUGGGACUCAAAUUCCAGAACAUUCCUCGCCGCGCGCUCAACAUCAUGAUGCCGCCCUCGGGUAAGGCUUCUACUGGUCCUGUCCCCAAGGCGAUUGCGAAGCCGAUUCCAGUCAAGGCACAGCCAGCUGUUACUCCCAUUAAAGCCGCACCAAGCAAAUCCAAGUCUCUAUCUAAGAGCGUGGUCGUCAAAGCAGCCAAGGCACCCAAGACCGUCAAGGUGGUAGCCAACACUGGGGUCACUAGCAAGGUGAUGAAGAUUGUUGCCGAGGAGAUCGAUGUGGACAUGUCCGAGCUCGUCGAAGAUGCUGCUUUCGAGAAUCUCGGCGUUGAUUCUCUCCUCUCGCUUACCAUCUCUGCCAGGUUCCGCGAGGAACUCGAGAUGGACAUUCCGUCCUCCCUCUUUACUGACUGCACCACUGUGGGUGAGUUGAAGAAGCACUUUGCGCAGUAUGACGGGGGUGUCUCUGUCGUUGACGAUGCGGCAUCCGACACUACCGACGAGCCAUCUGAUGCUUCCACCCCGCACGCUACUACCAGUACCCCAGCCAGCUCUGCUCCGAGUGAGGAUGGUAAUGACAUUGAUGUCAAGAUUUCUAGCGAAACUGUCUCGGGCGAGGCUAGUAUUGCUCGUAAGCUCGUUGCAGAGGAGAUGGGUGUCGAUGUCUCUGAGAUCACUGAUGAUCUCGACCUCACCGACAUUGGCAUGGACUCCUUGAUGAGCUUGACCAUCCUGGGCUCUAUGCGAGAGCAGACUGGAAGAGAUCUUCCCGCUGAUUUCCUCACUGUCAAUGUCACUAUCAAAGACAUCGAGACUGCUCUCGGUAUGCGCCCUCAGCCGAAGCAGCAGGUCAAAGUCACGGCAAAGGUGGCACCCAAGGUUCCGUCCAAGUCGCCUCAGCUCGCUGAGGUGAAUCGAAAGCUCGCCAAGGCUAUUGAUGUCUCUCACCUGCCUCCCGCUACUUCGGUAUUACUCCAGGGAAACCCCAAGAUUGCCACUAAGAAGUUCUUCUUGGUGCCUGACGGCUCUGGCAGCGCUACUUCGUACAUCUCCAUUCCCAACAUCUCACCAGACAUGGCUGUGUACGGACUCAACUGCCCGUUUAUGAAGUGUCCUGAGAAAUGGACCUGUGGGGUUGAAGGUGCCUCUGCUCUCUACGUCAACGAGAUCAAGCGCCGUCAGCCCAAGGGUCCUUACAUCCUCGGCGGCUGGUCUGCCGGUGGUGUAAUGGCCUACGAAGUUGCUCAGCAGAUGGUCAAUGCCGGUGAGAAGGUCGAGAGCCUCGUUCUCAUUGAUUCUCCUUGCCCAGUCGCUCUCGAUCCCCUCCCUGCCCGCCUCCACAUAUUCUUCGACCAGAUUGGUCUUCUCGGCACGGGUAAACCUGGCGGUACCCCGCCUUGGCUGCUGCCUCACUUUGCGUCCGCAAUCCAGAACCUCAAAGAUUACGACCCUGUGCCCAUGGAUCCAAAGGCUGCGCCGCCUGUCCUGGCCAUCUGGUGUACAGAUGGUGUGUGUCCGAAUCCAGACGAUCCCCGUCCACCACCAGGGGAGGGCGAGGAUCCAGCACCAAUGAAAUGGCUGCUCAACAACCGAACGGACUUCUCAGACAAUGGCUGGGCUCAGCUGUUGCCCAAGGAAAACUUUGAGUACGCCGUUAUGGGGGGAAAUCACUUCACGAUGAUGAAGGGUGAGCAUGGUGCCACACUAGGCAAGCUCAUCCAAAAGGGUCUCAAAUUGUAG